CUAGCAAGUUAGUGAGUACUAGAGGGUGAUUCCAGUUGACGUGUUGGUUUAAAGUAGGCAGAAACACAUUUAACGCAAAAUCGCUGCUCUCUGGUGGGCUUGCAGAACAACGUUGCUGAAAAAUCAUGGGUAAAAAUUAUUAUAACAUUCUUGGCAUCAACUCUGAAGCCAGCGACGAUGAAAUUAAAAAAGCUUAUAGGAAAAUGGCCUUGAAGUUUCACCCGGAUAAAAACAAGGAGCCUAAUGCUGAGGAGAAAUUCAAAGAGAUAGCCGAGGCUUACGAAGUGCUGAGCGACCCCAAGAAGAGAUCCAUUUAUGAUCAAUAUGGGGAAGAAGGCCUGAAGGCUGGAGGAGCCUCCACUGGUGGCCCUGGUAACACGUUCCAUUACACUUUCCAUGGCGAUCCACAUGCUACCUUUGCUUCCUUCUUUGGUGGGUCAAGUCCUUUCGAUAUUUUCUUUGGUACUCAAGGACGUACCAGUAGAAUGGCUAAUGGCUUUGGACAUGAAGACAUGGACAUUGAUGACGAUGAUGAUGAUCAUGAUCCCUUCAAUGAAUUUAACCAUUUUGGAUUUAAUGGAAUGAAUGGAUUUAAUCGACGGCAUCCAGACUCUCUCCAUACUCGAAGGAAGGUACAGGAUCCUCCAGUAAUUCAUGAACUUAGAGUAUCUCUUGAAGAAAUUUAUCAUGGUUGUACCAAAAGAAUGAAGAUCACACGUAGACGAUUGAACCCAGAUGGUCGAACCACAAGGAUGGAGGACAAGAUUCUGAAUGUUGUUAUUAAAAGAGGUUGGAAAGAGGGCACAAAGAUCACAUUUCCAAGGGAGGGUGAUGAAACAGCAACCAACAUCCCAGCUGAUAUAGUCUUUAUUCUGAAAGAUAAACCUCAUCUUCAUUUCAAGAGGGAUGGAUCCAAUGUAGUUUAUGUAGCCAAGAUCACUCUUAGAGAGGCCUUGUGUGGUUGUACAGUUAAUAUCCCUACAAUUGAUGGCAGAGUGAUUCCCCUACCUUGCAAUGAUGUUAUCAAGCCCGGGACUGUGAAGAGGCUGAGAGGAGAGGGUUUACCAUUUCCUAAGACUCCAAAUCAACGUGGUGACUAUAUAGUAGAGUUUCAUAUAAAAUUUCCUGACAAAAUGCCUCCAACAACAAAAGAAAUCCUGAAGCAACAUCUUCCUAUCUCUUAGAACUCAAAUCAGAGCAAUAUUUGAUAUUGUGCCAGAAGUUUGAAGAAACGAACAAGGAUCAUACAUUUUCUAAUAUAAUGCAAUAUCUUUUAAGAAAAUUAUAAAUUAUAAAAAAAGCUUUCAGUUCUUUAAUAUGCUAAGCCUCGUAAGCAUAACAAUGGUAAGUGCAAAAGAACUGUUGAAUCUGUUGUAGUUUUUAAAAAAACUUAACGCAUACUGAAAUCAGUUUUCAUCAGUAUUUUGAGGGUGUGGAGCAAAACCUAUGUAUGUAUUGAAAAGUUGUGGUGUGGAGCUACAUCUCCAAAGCUGGGUUUGACCAAUGCAGAGCAAUUAUUGUAGCAGUUAAAAGAUCUGCAUGGUAAACCAGAAAUGUAAUUUGACAGAUGAAUUUGAUGUGUAUUAUCCUUCAAAAAAAAUGCUAAAUAAUUGUAAAUUAAAAUAGUAGUAGUAUUAAUGCACAGGUCAACACAGUGCCAUUGGAUGGUGGGAUUUUGUUUGAACCAUGGAAUAACUUGUGCAAGUUUACAAAAAAAUUCACUACCAAGAAAGUUUCAAGUUUUUUAAAGCUAUAUAAAAAUGUAGCAAUAUUGGUUGUAGUUUUUUUUUACAGAAUGUUGUAUAAUUUGAGGGGAUAAAUUAUGAAUCACAUUUGCAUUUGGUCCAAUUUUCUGAAAGCAAUGGAAGCAAUCUGCAUUUAAUAGCUCUCAUGUCAAGCAAGUUGGAAUUUGAGAAGCCAUAUGUACCUCAAAUACUGUUAAUAAUAGAAAGAUCAAAAACGUUUUAAAAUCUAGUUACUAUUGACAACUAUGUGCAAACCGAAUGCAAAAUUUCAGAUUUUAUAUAUUAAAAGCCAAGCACUAUCUUGCAAAGUUGUUUCUGAGCAACAGAGCAAGAAGCUUUGGAAGCUGAAAUACUCUAACUUUUAAAAUUGAAGCUGGAACUUACUCAUUUGGGAAAUUUUAUUAAAACUUUUGAAAUAUUUUUCUUCAGUGUUUAUCACUUGUCAAAUGUCUGACUUUGUAUUUUCCUCAGUUUUGUGUGAAUUCAUAAAUAUGCUGUUAUGUUUUUUCAGCUUUCUGUUAAUAGUCACUGCAGUUCCCUUAUCUGAGGUCUUUUAACAUGACUUGUUUGGUUUAUCUUGUUUUGUGUAAUAUUAAUGCUUGUGUUACUUUUUAUUCAUCCAGCUUUCCCUUCAUUACCCUACAGAUUCUGAAAUUGGGUUUUAUAUUUGCUUUUUCAGUUAGACAGUAAUCAUCAUUUGAGAAGCUUGUUUGCAAUAGUCACACUAUUAUUCUCCUUCAGCUUAAACAAACCACUGGCUCCUGUCCUGUACUCUUCAUUUUGCUUAGAGAUUUAGUUAUGAGUUUCAGUCAUUUAUACUAGUGCCAUUGCUUAAGUUGGUACACUUGAGACCUGGUCAGCAGUUUCUAAGCCUUGCAGAGCAGGGAGAGGAUGUAAGCAAGGGACAAAUUUAUUCUGGGGGAUUUAUUUUUUUGAAUACCAACAGUUAGAAUAGGAAAAAAGAAGAUUUUCUACUUUGCUUUGUAACUUGAAAUUCUGCUUAGUCCUAGCAUCUAUGAGGCUUUCUGUUCAUGAAUACAAUAAUUUUAUAAUCUGGUAAACUCUCUUUGGGGGAUGCCCUUACUAUUUCAUUGUUUUAUCAAAGCAAAAUUACUUAGCAAUGCUUUUGUUUAUAGAUUUCUUUAACCCACUCCCACAAUCAGAUUAAAUUGCCAAUUAGAGAAGGAAAAGUGCAAUCUUUGUACUGACUAAAGUCUUGAAAAUGUUUCUUUGUGUGCAUAGACUGCCUAACUAUGGCCUCUGAAUCAUUGUUCAUAACUGUGAAAAUCUCUUGAAUUUGUGAAUUUUAAAUAAUAGUUCAUGGUUCUUCAGUACCAAUAAAAGAUACCAUGCAGCUACCACCACUCGAUAAUUUUUAAACCUGCCUUUUGCAAAUCUAGUAAAAUUUGACAAGAAGCAGUGCCCUUUACACUGGCAUUUUGUAACAACAUUUUGUAUUGCUCUGAUAGGAAGGGAAUGAAAGUAGAACAGUUGCUGCUUGAGAAAAAAUGUUGAACCUUACUCCUGAAUAUUUUUUUAUUGAUUUUAAAUAGACUUUCAAAAGAGGAGCAAUCCACAUUGGUCUUGUUUUUUCAAACCUUAUAAAUUCACUGUUUUAAUACUUCCAUAUGUACUUGAAUUCUUAAAAAUAAACUGCAUUUUGACUG